AUGGUUGAUGUACUGAAUAAAUUAACCUUUGAAGAGAGGAACGAAGAAAGUUUUGAGGAUUAUACAGCUGUGACUGAUUGGGAAGUUUUUACACAAGAACUUGAAAAUGUUUUAACCAGUUGGAUGAUAAAACAGGAUACUGAAGUCUCUUCAGUUUGUGGACGUCUUCAAUUUUGUGGAAAUUUAAAAUUUGGCGAGAGGAUCUUCAAUUUAAAUUACUAUAAAUCUUGCAUUGAAUCUGAAAAAACUAAGAAUUCAACCCAUACAAUUACAUCUGAAAGUGUUCCGAGAAGCUAUGUUCAUGCUAUUACUCCCAUGCCUGAUUUCAGUGGACGAUUUAUUAUUCCAUUAUUCUGGUUUGGUUUAUCUCAUGCAUUCAUUUUAAAACCUGAUGAUGGCGAGAUUAAAGGUGGGACACGACUUAGUUUAUUACUUAGUUCAGUUGAAAUGGCUGUUUAUGCAACACGAUGUCCUGUACCAGUUUUGGUGGAACAUUAUGGACCUUCAUAUUUUGGUUUGGCUGCUUCAUCUUGCCUUAAAUCAAGUGAUUAUACGAAUUAUCUUCAUAAUAAUGUCAACAAUGUAUCAUCGUCAUUGUCAACUUCCAAUCGUAUUGGUUCAUUAAAUAUUGAUUUUACUAGUUGCCGUAUUGAAGGUGAAAUAUUAGCGAAUUGUACACAUCUUAGUGGGUUAAAAGAAAUAUUCCUUACUAAAUUGGGUUAUCCUUGGAGUGUGAAUUAUCCUGUUCCAAAGUUAGAUAUUUCAGCCAGAUUCAUAUAUCGUCUACCAUCAUGGUCUUCAUUACGAGUGGACUAUCAGAAUACUAACUCAUUAAUAUUCUCAUUUGACUUAUUACAAAGGACUUCAAUGAAUCUAUCGUUUAAUUUAGCUACUACUUGGCCGUUAGUACCUAGCCAUGCAAUCACUGAGAAACCGUCAUGGAAAUCAUUAAAACCGGAAGGUGCACCAAUUUGUCAAUUACAAUUAUGUGCAAGUAAUCCAUUCGCUGAUAAAAUGAGUGUACGAAUUCAGCGGUUCUUUAAAAGUUGUUCUAAAUAUGAACAACCUGUUCAUCAAAUGACUGAUAUCUCAUCAAAUAAUCCUAGUUCCGUCCUAUCAAGUGAUUCAGUCGUUCAGUUUCUACUAUUUCUUUUUCCCGAUGCUGACGCUGAAGGUGUUUGUAAUAAAGUUCUUCAUAAUGAAUUAACAUUAUCUUUUGGUGAUCUAUCAAUACAUGAAUUAUUAAUAUGGAAACGUCAACCGAUUAUGAAUUCUUCAGAAAAACAAAAAUUCGCUUCUAUUUUUGGUUUACCAAAUCCUAUUUCAUUAAUACAUCGUUUAGCUGUAAUUAUUGCUAAUCUACUUGUUUAUAAACAUUAUGAAUUCAAUGAUUGUUUACUAUUGAUUAAUUCAAUGUUCAAUGAAUUAUACAUUGAAUUACAACUUCGUUAUGAUCGUUUAAUUUGUUUACCAGUACAAAUUUUAUAUGAAGAAGUAUUCAAUAAAUUCAAUACCAAUAACAGUAAUGAGAUAAUCGAAGAAGAAGAAGAAGAAGCAUCAGUGGAUGAAAAUAUGCCACCAUUACAUGCAUGGAAUCAUAGUUCAAUUCAGUUAAUUAAUGGAUUAAAAUUUAAAGAUUGGCCCAUUGAUUGUUACUAUAAUUUGGAUUGUAUUUUGCAUCGUUUUAAUGGGUGCAUUUUGAAGGCUAGAGAAAGUCAUCAACACCAAACAUUAGAAGUCCAAAGUGAUGAUGAUGAUGAUGACGACGAUGGUGAUAUAUAUUUUGAUGUUUCUGAUCAAACUUCUCCAUCAUCUCAUGAUGAAGUUAAGUCGGCUCGUGCGAAAACGAAUUGGUUAGAUGCAUGCUCUAGAAAUGAUGCAUUAUCGGAAGCAGAAACUAUACUUGAUUGGCUUAAGUCAAGGUGUUUACUUGAUCAUUUACAUUCACUUCUGCCGCAUAUCAUACUGGAAUGUAUGUUUACAUUUCAUUCUUUAGUCCCUCAUCCUCGACUGUCUAAAUGGUAUUCGUCUAUGCUUAAAAAACUUGAUCAGGAAAUCUACGAUCUAUUGAAAAUCCAUUCCUCUAAGUCAGCAAAUGUGGACACAGUAUCAAAAGUCACAAAAUCUUUUCCAUUAUCAACAUUUUGUGAUAUCUUAGAAAUUAUUGCAGAAUUUUCAAUUCAACUCACGUGUUUCAAUGAAUUAAUUUAUAAUGUUAUUCUUUGUGAUUAUAGUUAUAUGUUAGAUUCGGAUAUAUUUUUAAAUUUUCUAUGUAAAUUAUCCAAUCAUGUUAUUCUGUUGGAAAAUAUAACUGGUCAAUUAAACUCAUGGUCACCUAGUUUAGGCGGUUGGAUUAGUUUGCCUAAUACUACUACUGCUACUGCCACUACAACUAUUGCUAACGGGAAUAUGAAAGAAACUGAACGUGAUAUGAUUUUAAAAUUUUUGAAAAUGUUAUUUGAUAAAAGUAUACCUAAUGAACUAAAUUCAACAGGAGAAGGAAAUUUUCAAUUUACCAGUAUACCACAAACAUGGUUACCACCUGAUCGUCCAGUUGAUCUUAGACGUCCAAAUUAUGAAUUAUAUAUAUUCUAUACUGAAUUACCUUAUCCAAAUCAAUUAACUAGUCGAUUAGGUUCACAUCGUUUAUAUAUUGAAUUAUAUUAUGAUAAACAAUCAUCAAAUUAUAAAACUUUAUUAAUGGCUGGUAGUUUUAGUCAUGAUACACAAUUUUUUUAA